AGGAUAUUGCAUGAAAUGUGGGUCCUGUUGUGACCUGGAAUCUUCUCGCCUGAUGGUGAGCAAAGCUUUAGGAAAUAUUAAAAGGUUGCAGGAUGGAAUAGUUAGAAAAGAACUGUCAAGUUCCUUACUUUCUAAUGCUUUAGAAUCUCUUGAUCAGCUGAGGAAAGUGUUGCAUGCAUAUAGCAAAAGCAUUGCAGAAGCAGAGGACAGCAUAGCACAAGCAUUUUGCUUCAUUGGAGAGCUGCAGUGCGCGAUGGAGCACUGCAAAUCAUCAAUUCAGAUUUUAGAAAAGCUUUAUAGUCCUGAUCAUAUUGUCAUUGGAUAUGAACUAAUGAAACUUUUAUCCAUUCAGCUAUCACUGGGCGAUGUUGAUGCUGGAGAGACCUUGAAUCGAUUGGGUAUAAUCUUUGAGCAUCACUAUUCACUAUGGCUCCCAUACAGCAGUUGUGUUUCCAUAUCUUAA